AUGGAAUAUUGUGAAAGAUGGUUAUGUAGAACAGCAGAAGGAGCUGUAGUUGAAGGAGCUGCGCAAACUGUUUUAACUGAAAACAGAAAAAAGAAUUCUAAAGCUACAUAUAUUCAACAUCAAGGUAUUCAUGAAUCUCUCAUGGAUAGAGUUAUUUUUAUUAAGCAAGAUAAAGAAGCUUGGGAUGGUUUGGUAAGCUACUACACAGGAUCUGACAAAGUCAAGAAGGUUAGAUUACAAACUUUGAAGAGAAAGUAUAAAUUAUUGCAGAUGGAAACUACUGAAACAAUAUCAUAUUUUUUCUCAAAGACAUUAAAUCUUGUCAAUGAGAUGAAGGCUAAUGGUGAUACUGUAGAAGAUUCAAUAGUUGUUGAAAAGAUUUUAAGAAGCUUACCUGAGAAGUUUGAAGCAAAAGUAACUUCUAUAGAAGAGUGUAACACUGCUGCAACUAUGACUUUUAAUGAGUUAUUGGGUUCAUUACAAGCAUAUGAACAAAGAUUACUAGAGAAGACAACUGCUGCAAAACAAGUUGAAGAGGCACUUCAAAGCCAAGUUAGAUGGAGAAACAAUCAAGGAAAAUCUAAUACUGGAGAUUUUCAAGGAAGAUAUAACAAUGGAGGGAGAUCAAAUAAUGGAAGUUAUAGGAAGCCAUUUGAUAGAUCAAGAAUGCAGUGUUAUAAUUGUGGGGAUUUUGGACGUAUGGCUACUUAG